UUCGAGUAGACCACUUUCCUCUGGUUUAGUGGGAUUUGCUUUACCCACACCGGCCUCGUUGACUCGGAUCGGAUUGGUGGAAGAUAGAUUGCCGUUAGCCGUGUCAAGCUGGGAAAAGUGGGAAACAGCUUAUGCAUUUGUAAUAACUACCGCCAGAAUUUCGUAGUUUGGAGGUUAUAACGUUCAGAUCGAAGUUUGAUCUUGACGCAGGAUUUUGACAGUGUGAAAAGUUGUGUGUACAAACAACUCUCGCUAGUAGUGAACCGCUUCUCGUUAAUAAGUAACCCGAGAUGACCGGCUCGAUUCAAGCAGAGUUGAUACCAUCGAGUGCAUCCUCGUCCCAAAAAAUAGUUACAGAAAUUUGCUGCAAUCCAUUUAGAAUACCCAGGCACAAUGUUACAAAGAAUAUUCGUUUCGUUAGUUCCAGCAUACGCGAUUUACUGCACCAUGUAAGCUUUUCGGGCAGCAAAAAAGUGUGCACAGAGUGCAGGAAUAGGGUGCAUCAAUUGUUGAAGCAACGCAAAUAUCUUACAUCUUUUACAAGGUCAUCUGCAUACAGAGAUAUGCCUAUGAAAGUAAAGCGAGGAAAAUCAGGUCAGCUCAGAAAUGAUCAUGGGGAGAAAAAUAAAAAGAACCAUCAGUCAUCCAAUCGUUCGCAAAGAUACAGUAGAAGAGUGACAAACGCAUCAAAUCGUCAGACAAGGAGCAACAGCGGAGGCCAAGAUGUAUCAACCCAGCCGAAUGAAUCUAACCUUAGUAGCCAAGACAGUACUGAGAGAUUGGAGCAGGAGCAGACAAUGUCACGACGAUCUCGUCGAUCAGCAGUGCAUUUUUCUACGUCGAGGAGACGUCCGAGACGAAGCACUGCUACACAAGAAGAUAGUUCAUAUCAAAAUGAAAAUACAAUUCCAAAGACAGUGAUAUCAAGUACCGAUGAAAGAGAACUCAUUUGCUGCUUCUGCGGAGGAUCUCAGAGAGAUGAGACUUUGUACGGUCCAUUUCAUGAACAUGAAGGAAUUAUUACGCAUUAUUUUUGUUUGUUACUAUCCUCCAAUGUCACUCAAAAUGGAGAGGAUAAAGAAGGAAUUUUAGGUUUUUUAGCUGCAGACAUUAAUAAAGAAAUACGCAGAGGCAAAAGACUUUUUUGUUCAUAUUGUAGAAAAAAUGGUGCCACUUUGGGUUGCUGUGAGACUAAAUGUAAAAAAAUGUUUCACUUGCCUUGUGGUUUAAAAAAUAAUUCGCUGCACCUAUUUUAUGGAGAGUUCAAAUCAUUUUGUGAGUCUCAUAGACCAAAGCAAAAAAUAGAUGCUGAAAUUCUUGCUAAAAUAGCUAAUGUUGCAAUGGUUACAUGUACAAUUUGUUAUGAAGAUGUUGAUCCUAAAGAUACUAUAGGUACAUUGUGGUCAUCAUGCUGUAGAAAAGGUGCUUGGUUCCAUCGAACAUGUCUUCAGAAACUUGCUAUAAGUGCCGGAUAUUUUUUUAAGUGCCCAUUAUGUAAUAAUAGGCAACCAUUUCGAGACAUUAUGAAAGAAAAUGGCAUUUACGUUCCGGAACAAGAUGCAUCAUGGGAGUUGGUUCCUAAUGCAUAUCAAGAAUUGUACUAUAGACAUGAUAAUUGUAACGCAAAAACAUGUCUUUGUCCUAAAGGUAGAAAAUAUAAAGAAGAACAAGGCAAGUGGCUAUUGAGUCUAUGUGACAUGUGUGGUCACCAAGGAACCCAUUUACGUUGUAGUGAUUUGAAAUCUGGUGAUGUGGAAUGGUUUUGUAGUGAAUGUAUUUCUAUUACUGAAAAAAAAGAAUCUAGUUCAGUAGAAAACGAUACUGCGAAUGAUCAGUCUUUAGUUUCAAGUGAAAAUUUUACACAAGAGGAAACGGAAAUUCUCAAAAUUACGGUCAACGAUGAUGACAGUGAUUCCAAUGUAUCUGUAGGCAACAAUAAAAUUCAAAAUGAUUCCUUAUCCAGUAUUCUCUCCAAAGUUUCGUUACGACCGGGACCUCUAAAAUACAAAUUAAAGCAGGUUGCUCAACUAAAAAGCGCGGGUAAUAUUGAAGGUUCGAGAUCUAAAAAUAAUAGUAUUAUCGAUCUUGAUAGCGACAACGACGAACUCGAAAUUGUUUGUGAAAGUACAAUGAAGAAACGGCGCGAAAAUUUGGCAGUGAUAGAUCAUGUUUAUGCAAAUCCACACAUAUCUUCAGACGAACCAAUGGCAGUGACAGUUUCUGAAGAAACUGACCAGUCUCCUUUUAAUAUUGUCAUAACUAAUGUUACGUCAGUACCCCCGGAAUUUUUCAAUGAUGAAUUAGAUUCCGAAGAAGUUUCGUUACCUUUCCCACUGCCUAUUUCUGCACCAUUAAAACGUUCACGUGAAAUCACAGACGAUUUGAAGGAAGAAAAGCGAAGUAAACGGGCCAAAUUGGAAUUAAGCCCGAACGCUGAUAUUAAUGCAGUUCCUGAACUGUUAUCGCCUGCAAAAAGCUUUGCCUCAAGAACUGAAGAACUCACCAACAACACCUUCAAUGAGUCAACAUCAAAUUCCAUCUCAGAUUCAGUUGAGGACUCAACCAAAUCAGGCAAUUCAUCAGCAACCAAAGAAAACACCAGCUGUAACAAACAAUCUCAACUCAACAACACUUCCAAUGUUGGAGCUCGGAUUACCGAUUGCAGUAGCGACGGCGGAACUAGCAAAGCUUCAAGACAGGAUCAACAUAAUAGAGCUGGAUUGAUUACAGAUCAAGCAAAUCUGAAAGAUAUAAAAUUCAAAGUUAUAAAUCAAGAUUUGCACAUUAACAUUCUUUCAACAAAGAUUAUAAUUCAGCUAGACAAGACACAAGAUUUGUCGCGUAAAAAUAUUGAAAAGUAUAUAGUAUCGCAUCAGAAAGCUAUUGAAUGUUCUGAUUCAACAUCUGACUUGAGCGCAACCAUAAAUAAGUCACUUUCACUGGGUGACGAUUCAGCAGUUGAAUUUGACAUUGCUCAUAGUUCAAUAGCAACUGCUCCUAUAGAAUCGAGAAAUUUUCUAUUAGAAGAUGAUCAAACAUUAUUGGAAUAUCCGACAACAAGGAAACUCAACUGUGGAAGCGGUGAUUUGAAAGAAAAUUUGAAUCCAGAAGUUUCAAACGAUGAUUCAGAACGUAGUCGUGAUAAUAGUAAUCAUGAAAAAUCAGGAACGGCGUCCAAUAAAAGCUUACCGAAACAAAGAAGCUCCUGGCGAACCAGGCAUUUUCGAGCAGUGCGUGAAGAAAAUCAUUCAAUUAACGAUGGCUCUGUAGGCUCUACAGUUAGCUCACGUUCUUUUGCUAAAUCCACGAACGCCAAUCUUGACCAAGUACCGCGAAGCCCUACAAAAACAUUACAGCUUUUAAAAAUUGGUGAAAAUGUCGAUGUUAAUGAUUUUAAUGAUGUGAAUAAUUGUGACGAAGAGUUUGACGGAACAGCGCCCAUAUCUAAAGUUAACACUAAUGUAAAUAAAAUUUACCAAAAUGUGGUUACAAAAUCAGAUAUACUUGCUGCGACUAAAUUGAAUAGCUCAACGCGGGACCAUAAUCCUGCUUUGCUAUCCGAGCAUGAACGCCCCCAAGAAGAUGCAAAUUCCGUGACAAAAACUAAGAGCUUUGAAAGUACAUUUGAUAACGGUAUUUCUCAAAUUGAAAAAUCAAAAAGUAUUAUUAAUGAAAAAAAGAACUUUGAAUAUUUGUACGACAAAAAGAAAUCAAACGACGGUGGUGAUUGUGAUGAAAGUAAGACUCGUAGACGCUCGCGCCGAAAAUCUCGAGCUUCUGAUAAACACGAUUAUGUUAGAUAAAAUUAGGUGAUACUUCAUCAUGAUAAAAUUUAUUUUUUAUAACAAAACAAAAUUGUAAAUUAGUUUUUUUUAGAUCUUAUUCUAUUAUUUUUCUACAACAGUAUUUUGGCAUUGUUUAGAAUAAAUGAGUAAGUGCGCGCUAAAGAAAUAAAUUGAAAGUUUAGCCGCAGUGCAAUUUUUUGUUAUCCAAAGUUUUCAUUACUAGCUCAUAAAUUAUUCAUGAAAACGAAUUUGAAUGAGUUCUUUGGAAAAUGAAUUCAGUGUACAGAACAUUAUUAAAUAUAUAGUAGUUAGUUAUUAAAAAAUAAGUAAAUCGUUUUAUUGAGUUUUGUGAUAAGUUUAAAAAAUAAUAAUUUAUCCUUUAUCUAAUCGGUUUUUAGUUCAAGUAAAAGUGACUGUUAAUAUUUAGUUAAUA